AUGAUCCAUGUCAAAUACAGGAUAGCAUUUUUCAUGAUUUACUGUGCUGCUAUUGUUGGAGAUAUCAAGUAUUCACUAACAAACCUGCCAACAAAAGAUUCUAGCCUAGUCUAUCUAGUACCAUGGACUGGAUGGAUUGAUGACAAAGCACUUACAAACACUUUUAAUGAUUUGGGGAUAGGUGCUAACAUGGGUUUUUACACUGCAGUGGCAUACAAGACAGAAUUCAAGGAUAAAGCACAGUCCAUCCGUAAUGAUAUUAUUUCGCUUCAGGUUGCCACCAUUUUGACCUUUCAAAAAUUCGAGGAGAAAUCAAACGAGGCUUUGAAAAAAUUGCAUGUUGCAUUUGAGCAUAUUUCUGAUGAUAGGGAAGGUGAAGCACACAUUAUAUUGUUGGAUGAAGUUGGCAGCCUAGCAAAUGAUCUUGCAAAAGAAGCCAGAGAUAUUGAGUUGCAAGCCAGCACUGGUCGUGACAAAGUGUCCUCACUAUUGAAAGAAAUAUAUAGCAGUAGAGGUGAACUAAAGAACAAAAAGAAUGAAAUAGAGAAACAAGAACAAAGAUUACAAGCUCAAAAGGCACGCACUGAAACUGACUUAAGAAAUGCUCAAGCUGCAGCUGCUGAAUCUCAAAGACAAGCUGACCAGGCAAGAUACAAUGCUGACCAUGAGAAAAGAAAGAAGGAGGAAAAAUGUGAAGGAUGGAAAUUUUUAAUAUGCACAUUAGCAAGAGCUAUUAAUUGGAACCUGGUAGAGGAGUACGAAAUAAAAGAAAGGUUUCAUAGACGUGAAGCAGAACAUCAUUUAGCACGAGCUAGAGAGCAACAGCAAAAGGCAGCAAGAGCAUUUUCACAAUUGCAACAACUAGCAAACAAAUUAAAUGAGGCAAGAGAGAAGAUAAAAUCUAAUGAAAAUAUAGCUCAAGGUCUUCAGGACAUUAUUUGUAAUUACAACGGUCUUACAGUUACACUUCAGACUUUCAGUACAGCAUGGGAAGAUGUAAGCAACAACUGUGCUGAUCUAAAGAAGAGAGUUACAGAUAAGGCAGCAGUGGCAGCUCCUUCGUUUCAAAAACAAGCAAUCACACUCUAUGCUCAAUGGCUCUCUCUUGGUAUAUCUAGCAAAUCAGUUCUGAAUGAAAUCAAGCCAAUAAAAGUUAUCGAAGAAACAAUAACACCAAAAGAUGCUCAAAACAAAAUAAAAAAAGAUUAAACUUUGAAUAUAGUUAAUUUAAUUAUUGUUUCAUACUCAGUUUUCUGACUUUUCUCCCUUCGGUAUACAGUAAUAUUUUUCUCUUGACUUGAUAAUAAUGAAUUCUAAAAACAAUGAGAGUGAAUGCACCUGUCCAAGAUAAUAAUCACACAUAACUAUACUCUCUACUAUACUAUAAUGAAUACUUGGGUGGUAUUAAGGCUGUAAUAUGAUUGUAAUGUGGUUCACAAAUUUAGUAGGUAAAAGGACCAGAAUAAACAAUCCACACCUCAAUCACACCUUAUCUUACUUCUUCAUAGGAAUUUUGCUAUUAUUUUGCUUAUCAUUGCCAAUACACCCACUUUCUAAUUCCCAAUCUAUCUGAAUUCACUGCCCAAUCACUGGAUAUGCUCAUUUGUUAUAAAAAUGGGUGAAGUUUAUUGGAUGUGGUCCAUCAAGAAAUAUUUUGAUAAUAUAUAUCAGACAAAUUAUAAGAUUUGCUUGAGCUUUAUUAGUGGUUUUCCAACACAACUGAAACUUAUCUAGCAACUGAUAAUUUUGUUAAGUUAAGCUGGAGAAAUCG